AACGCGACCGUAUACUGACUUUUGGGUUAGGCUCUCAUUGCCUUAUCCUAUAGCAGGACUCGUUCGCGCGCUCUUCAGGGGCCGCUCUUCGCGGCCACGAUGGCCGACGUAGCGAUUGACGUUGGCAACUGCUGCAAGAGGCUUAAAAAGCUGUAUGAGAACUGGACGACUCAGCAAGAUGGCGUCUGGGCUGGCGCGAACGUACUCGCGGUGGCCGUGGGCGCGCCAUCAGAGGACCUGCGGUACCUCAAGUCAAACUCAUUGCAUAUGUGGCUGUUUGGCUAUGAGCUGCCAGAGACGGUCAUGCUGUUUACGAAUAACCGCGUGCACGUUCUGACCAGCCAAAAGAAGGCCUCUCUGCUGCAACCGGUGGUGGAGGCUUGCGAGAAGGGCGAGGCUGGGGACGUUCGCGUGGAGGUGCUCGUCAAGCCAAAGGCGGAGGAUGGAGCAGGCCAGUGCACCCAACUGCUGGACGCGGCCCGCACCGCUAGCGGCAGCCCCGUGGUGGGCCACCUGCCCAAGGACAAGCACACGGGCAAGUUGAUUGACGUGUGGACCAGCGCGAUGACGGAAAGCGGCCUGACGCAAGUGGACAUCAACAAUGGUGUGGCGGACCUGCUGGCGUGCAAGGAUGCCAACGAGAUUCUGAAUGUGAAGAAGGCGGCGCUGCUGGCAGCAAAGGCGGUGCAGAACUGGGUGGUGCCCAAGGUGGAGGAUGUGGUGGACUCCGGCAAGAAGAUGAAGCACAGCAAGCUCAGCGAGAUGUGCGAGGAGGUCAUCACGGACCCAACCAAGGUGCAAGUGAAACUGAAGGCCGAGAACUGCGACAUUGCCUACCCGCCCAGUUUCCAGUCGGGCGGCGUAUACGACCUGCGUGUGAGCGCGCCCUCCAACGACAGCCCAUUGCACGAUGACGGCGUCAUUGUGGUGUCACUUGGCACCCGCUACGCCUCCUACUGCGCCAACAUUAGCCGCUCCUACAUCAUCAACCCCUCCAAGGACCAGACAGCGCAGUACAACGCCCUGCUGGCGGCGCAGGAGGCAGCCAUCACCGCGCUGAAGCCUGGGGCUCCACUGACGGCCGCCGGCGAGGCGGUGGUUAACUCGCUCAAGGCUGGCGGCCAGGAGGCGUUGAUUCCGCUGCUAUCCCGCAACGUGGGCUUCGGCAUGGGCCUGGAGUUCCGGGAGGGCACCCACGUGCUGCCACUCCCGGGCUCAGGCAAGGCCGCCGCGGCGGGAGAGGACGGCGCGCCACGUGUGCGCGCUGGCAUGGUGUUUAACGUGUGCCUGGGUGUGGCGGGGCUGACCAAUGCGGACGCCAGCGACCCGAAGGCCAAGAACUAUGCCCUGCAGGUCGCCGACACGAUUGUGGUGGUGGAUGGCGAUCGCCCAAACGAGGUUGCCACUCAGUCCGCCCCCAAGAACUUCGAUAAGGUCACCUACACCAUUCAGGAGGACGAGGAGGGUGCGGCUGGAGACGGACGGCUAGAGGACGUCACGAACGGUGCGGCUGCAGCGCGGGGCGCCGCUGCCCACGCCGCUAUGGGGAUCAAGAAGACGCUGCGCUCUGAUGACCCAACCUUCAAGUCGGCCGAGCAGUUGCGCAAGGAGCGCCAGGAGGAGCUGCUAAAGAAGAAGAAUGAGGAGACGCUGGCUCGCCUUACGGCACAGGCCGGAGGCGCAGGAGGCGCAGGGGGUGCGGGCGGCGCCGCCGUUCGCAAGAUCAGCGAGACGCAUGCCUACCGCAGCGUGACGGAAAUGCCCAUGGCACGCGACUUGCGCAUUCAGGUGGACACCAAGAACGAGGCGGUGCUGUUGCCCAUCUAUGGAGUGUUGGUUCCGUUCCACAUCACCACUAUCCGCAACGUCACCACCACGAACGACGCGGGUGGCGAUGCGGCGCUGGUCCGUGUGACGUUUAACCUGGGCAACAGCUACGAGCCGAACCAGCGCUUCCCAAACUGCAUCUUCCUGAAGGAGCUGUCCUUUCGGUCAUCUGACGUGAAACACGCAAAUAAGGUGGCCCUGGACAUCAAGCUGCUGCGCUCGUCCAUCGCGCAACGUGAUAAGGAGCGGGCCGAGCGUGCAACUCUGGUGGCACAAGAGAAGCUGAUCCGCGGCAAGAAGAUCUUCAAGCUGCCCGACCUGUGGAUGCGGCCCGCCUUCCCGGGCAAGGGCCGCAAGGUGCCGGGCUCACUGGAGGCGCAUGCUAACGGCUUCAGGUAUCAGACUCCCAAGGGUGAGAUCCUGGACGUCAUGUACCGCAACAUCAAGCACGCACUGUUCCAGCCUGCGGAGAACGAGAUGAUUACCAUCCUCCACAUGCACCUGCACAACCCCAUUAUGGUGGGCAACAAGAAGACUAAGGACGUGCAGUUCUACACCGAGGUCAUGGACGUGGUCCAGACGCUGGAUGGCGGUGGCCGGCGCAACAUGUACGACCCAGAUGAGCUGGAGGACGAGCAGCGCGAGCGCGAGCGCCGCAACAAGAUCAAUGGCGAGUUCCAGCAGUUCGUCAAGCGCGUGCAGGAGAUGUGGGGCAAGGACUGCCCCGAUCUCAACCUGGAGUGGGACAUCCCCUUCCGGGAAUUGGGCUUCAGUGGCGUGCCUCACAGGUCGACUGUGUUCCUGAUGCCCUCUGUGAACUGUUUGGUGGAGCUGACGGAAAUGCCCUUCACCGUGACCACACUGGCGGACGUGGAGAUCGUCAACCUGGAGCGCGUGGGCUUCAACCUGAAGAACUUUGACAUGGCCAUCGUGUUCAAGGACUUCACACGAGAUGUUCUCCGUGUUGACGCAAUCCCAGCCAAGUCGCUGGAGGGCAUCAAGGGCUGGCUGACGGACAUGGGCAUCAAGUACUAUGAGUCCAAGCUGAACCUGCAGUGGAAGCCCAUCCUCAAGAACAUCCUUGCAGACCCCGUGGGCUUCGUGGAGCAGGGUGGCUGGGACUUCCUGGACAUUGAGAAAUCUGAUGACGAAGAAGAGGAGGGUGAGGCAAGCGAGGAGUACGCCCCCUCUGGGGAGGAUGAUGACGACGAUGAUGAUGACAGCGACAGUGACGACGACAGUGACGCCAGCUUGGAAGAGGAGGAGGACGACGAUGAGGAGUUUGACGAGGACGAGAGCGAGGGCAAGGACUGGGACGAGCUAGAGGAGGAGGCGCGCAAUGCGGACAAGAACCGGCAUUACUCAGAUGAGAGUGAUGGCGAGCGCCGCGGCAAGAAGCGUAAAGCAGGCGCUGGUGGCGCCAGUGGCGCCGGUGGUGGUGGUGGUGGUGAGCGCGGUGGUGGUGGCGGUGGUGGUGGCGGUGGUGGUGGUGGCGGCGGCAGUGGCGCUGCAGCUAAACGCCGGAGAUAGCAGGCACAGCGCCUGAUCACUGCGUCGCAGCUGGUAGUAUGGCUGCAUGCAGGAUGUCACAUGUGUUUGAGUGCUGUGGAUUGGGAGGGGUGUCACUGAAAGUUAAUGCUGGUUUGGCUCGUAUUCAGAUGGCACUAUCACUACAUGUCCUGGAUGUGGCUUGAGAUUGGUACAGCGUUGCACAGGUUCAGCUGUAUGUACACGCCUGGUUGGGUGUGGCAAGCAGGACCUGGGGCGCGGAUGCCCUGGGUGUAGAGUACAACUGUACAAGGGAAGUUGGUAGGAUGGUGUGGUGGAUUGUAUGGCGUGCAGGCAUCAGUGAACAUGGACAGCCACCUGACAAUAAGAGUCCCAAGAAUGAAGGCAGGUCUGGGUUGGGGUUCGCACACGGUUGCUGUAGGCAUGUCGCAAAUGUGUGGCCUGCAUGCACACAACUAUGCAGAGGAAGGUAAACCUGCAUAUAGCCUCAUAUAGAAAUGCAGCAGUACCUGAAAUAGUACCCCCAGG